AUGGCUGGAAACAAGGAGCGCCAUGCUGCCUUGGCCGAGCACCUGAAGGGAGCCUUAGAUUUUUGCAUGGCAGCUGGCUAUGAGAAGGUGGCGAUAGAGGAUUUCCACGAGGAGUUCAUGGCGAGCCUUGACAGACUGGGUUUGGACGGUUCGGCUACCGCUGAGGCUGUCAUGGAGGAGAACAGUGAUUAUCUUGUUUGCUGGAUGCGUGUGCUUACGUCAGCCUCUUUGAAGCAGCGUGAGGAGGAAUUUAGUGGGUUCUUGACGGCGCACUCGUCCGUCCGGCAGUUCUGCGCGCAGGAGGUGGACCCCAUGAACACUGAAGCGGAUCAUCUGCAGAUAAUCGCGCUGUCGGCAUGCCUGUCAGUGCCUGUGACUGUUGUGUACUUGGACAGAUCGGCUGGUGAUGCCGCUGCCGAGCACCCGUUUGUCGGGAAGCUCGUGGCCUACGUCAGCCGACAGAAGAUCAGCCUAUGUUUGCAGAGUGUUCUUCUUGCGGCUAUCGGACUGUGGAAGGCCAAGCGGAACACAGUGAUCCACACCUUGAGUGACACGGGCCUGGUGAAAUGCUUGGCCGAAAUAGUUGCAGAGAUGAUUCGGUAUCAACUGGAGUUGAAACCGCAAUACUUGUCGGCCUUUGCUGACUACAAGAACGACUAUGCAGGCAGACGGGAUAUGAAUUAUCGCGAUCGCUGCGUUGUUUCACAUCUCUAUGAGACACAUGCCGACAAGAGCAAGGAAGGCGACUAUCCCCAAAAAGAUGCAAUCUUCCGCACGGUGGACCGGCUUCGUCUCAUUGAUCACAUCGUACGCAGUGGCGAUCGGAGCUGCGCGGGCAUUGAUGUCGGGCAGUUGUUGCAUGAUGGCGACUUGAUCCACUACUUCCCUCUGCACGAGCAAGGAAAGCUACAAGACAUGGACAAGGAUUGGUUCAAGACCUUUGUGAUCGGACGAAACAUCUACAAGGUCAGGGACUAUUUCGGUGAGCGCAUUGCGCUGUACUUCCUGUUCAUGUCUCACUUCAUAAAGUGGAUGAUCUUACCAACGUUGAUCGGCUGCUUCUGCUGUGUGCUGGACCUGUUCAUGCAGACACCCAACAACUGGACGGCUGCAUUUCUGUGUGUCGGCGUGGGGCUCUUCUCCACCACCUUCAUCCACUUCUGGCGCAGAAAGUCCAACCUCUACGCUUUGAAGUGGGGCACCUUCUCGAUGAAGAAGAAGCCUGAACCAACCAGACCAGAGUUCUAUGGAGUUAGCCGAAUCAACCCUAUCACGAGCAGGGUUGACAGGUUUUACCCUUGGAGCGAGCGGAUCUGGAAGGUCCUUUUCAGCUAUUCUGUGAUCACAGUGUCCCUCAUCGCGCUUUUUUUCGUGGUGGGCAUUCUGAUGGUGCUCCGCCACAUUUUCCACAAGAACGGCGGACGAAUCACGUUCCAGGUCAUCAAUGCACUGAUCGUGGAGUUGCUGAAUACUCUCUUCACAAGCCUUGCAAACUGGCUCACGGACAGAGAGAACCAUCGCUCCUACUCAGAGCAUGCAAAUCAUUUGUUAGCCAAGAUGGUGGUCUUCAAGUUCAUCAACUGCUACGUGUCGCUGUACUAUAUCGCCUUCCUGAAGGCCCAUUCAUAUCUUUUUGGGAUGCCAAUGACUUGCGUCAACGAUGAUUGUCUCAAUGACUUGGGCUCCCAGCUUGCGAUUUUCAUGAUCAUGAGGCUGACGGUGCAGAACAUGAUCGAACUUGGAGCUCCGUAUGCAGUCAUGUACUACAGGGAGUACACAGAAGGAAACACCUUCAAAACUUCCCUCUUCACGAAUCCGAUGACGAUCAUGCCAGAUCUUUCCAGUCCAGAGAAGCAGAGCAAGAAGGAGGACUACGAUGUGUACCAGGACAUGGACGAGGUGCUGAUCCUUUAUGGGUACACUGUGCUCUUCGUUGUCGCCUGCCCUUGGAUCCCGUUGAUCACCAUGAUAAGUCUUGUCCUGGAGUGCUUCAUGGAUCAGAAGAAGCUCGUCCUUCUCUUUCGAAGGCCAUUCCCAUCACCAGCUUCGAACAACGAGCCUUGGGACACCGCCUUCGACGUUUUCGGUAUGAUAGCAAUGGCCACGAACACGGCCGUCGUCGUGUUUGCCUCGAACGUCUUCGUCAACUGGAGUCACCACCACAAGAUCCUGCUGUUCUUGGUCGUAGAGCACUGCAUGAUUGCCUUCAGGAUACUCAUGUCGACUUUGUUUCCGGCUGUUCCUUGGGAGGUGCGGAUGCUGGCCAUGCAGCAACAGGUCAUGGUCCACAGGCACUUGAAUCUUGGCGGAGAAGAGGACGAUCACGAGACUCGCGCAAGUGCUGCUGCCUGA